AUGCUACUAGUUCACAAAAAAAAAUCGAAAACUGAUGCAAAAGUAAUUCAUGAUAAUGAUGAUGAUAUUUAUCCAACUGUUAAAGUAACACAUGGUGGUGAAUUAGCAGAAAAUGCUACAGAAAGUCAAAAUAAAGAUACUGAUAAUGAUAAAAUAAUUGAAAAACAAGAACAAUCAUCAACAUCGAAAUCUAAACACAAACGAGAACGUAGUGAUGAUAAAGAAUUAUUAUCACCAGCUGAUGAAGAAGAAAAUCGUCCAACUUCUUCUACGCCUUCUCUUGCUCCUCCUGUUACUGCAGAGACAACCAAAGUAAAAAAAUCAUCAUCAGAAACAACAACAAUAGUAUAUACAAAUACUUCUGUGCCACUCCUAUUGGACAUUAUGACGGAUGAUAUUCAUCCAACAAAUCAAUCUGAGUAA